GUGAAGCCUUCGCCACCGGUCGGUAUAGGUCAGAGUUGGGGGUUCGUUCCUGAGUAAGCAGCUACCGUUCCACUCAACGAUGGAAGUCGGUCAAAUUGCGACGCCCCUGGUUGUCCUGGUCGUGGCCCUGACCUGCUCCGCCGCACCCGAGGGAAGCAGACUGGACGAAGAUUGCGGAAACACAACGUGCAUUCCAGAAGAGUGCGAGAUGAUGGGUUCCGUUUGUGUUGAGAACAGCUGCGGACAGCUAGAGUGCGUUAGUCAGACCACUGCACACCAUUCGGGGAUGUGCCCCUACAUGGGAUCGGCACCUGAUGGGGAGUGUACCGACAACGAAUCGGAAACCACGUGCGAUGAUCUCGGCUGCCAGAAGGAAGGAAAAGUUUGCUGCCCGGACAAAUGCGGCUACCUGCGCUGUACAUGAGCGCGCGCUCCAGGGGGCUCUGAAGCAACUAUAGAAAGCAACGGUAUCAGCGCACGGGCGCUCUCAAUAAUAAAUGA